AUGAUGUUCCCAGGCCUCCUCGCACCCCCCGCCGGGUACCCCAGCCUCCUGCGCCCCACGCCCACCUUAACGCUGCCCCAGUCCCUGCAGUCGGCAUUUUCUGGCCACUCCAGCUUCCUGGUGGAGGAUCUGAUUCGCAUCAGCCGGCCUCCCGCUUACCUGCCCCGCAGCUUACCCACCGCCAGCAUGUCGCCCCCUAGGCAGGGGGUCCCCACGACUCUCACGGACACCGGGACCUCAGACCUGGGCUCCCCGAGUCCAGGCAGUCGACCAGACGGUUCACCUCAGACGGCCGCCUCACCUGCCAGCGAGCCCACGUUUCUGAAGUUUGGGGUGAACGCCAUCCUCUCCUCGGCGCCCAGAACAGAAACAUCCCCCGCCUUGCUCCAGAGCGUUCCUCCCAAGACUUUCGCUUUUCCCUACUUCGAAGGCUCCUUCCAGCCUUUCAUCAGAUCUUCUUAUUUCCCAGCGUCCUCUAGCGUCGUGCCCAUCCCGGGGACCUUCUCCUGGCCGCUGGCGGCCCGCGGCAAGCCUCGCCGGGGCAUGCUGCGUCGAGCCGUGUUCUCCGACGUGCAGCGCAAGGCGCUGGAGAAGAUGUUCCAGAAGCAGAAGUACAUCAGCAAGCCCGACCGCAAGAAGCUGGCGGCCAAGUUGGGCUUGAAAGACUCACAAGUGAAAAUCUGGUUCCAGAACCGACGCAUGAAGUGGCGGAACUCCAAGGAGCGCGAGCUCCUGUCUAGCGGGGGCUGCCGAGAGCAGACUCUUCCCACCAAACUCAAUCCGCACCCAGACCUCAGCGAUGUUGGCCAGAAGGGCCCGGGGGAGGACGAAGAGGAAGACGAGGGCCGGGGCAGCCCCCGCCACCGCCUAGUCUAUCACGCGUCCCCCGACCCUCGGCACCUGCGGGACCCGCGGCUGGAAGGGCCGCUGCCGGCCUCGCCCGCGCACUCGAGCAGCCCCGGCAAGCCUUCGGACUUCUCCGAUUCCGAGGAGGAUGAGGAGGGCGAAGAGGAGAUCACCGUGUCUUAG